UCUUUCACGUACAGAGUUGGGCUGAGAGGACGGAGCAAGGCUUCGGCGCAUGCUCGAAAUUCGCCAGCAAGGAGGAGUUGGUGGGGGAAAAUGGCGGACGGCAAAGCAGAGGAUGUGAAGCUGAAGCGACCGCGACUUGACGGAGGACCUGAAGAAGAGGCAGAAAAACCUGUGAAAACUAAGACUGUUUCUUCCAGUAAUGGAGGGGAAAGUUCGAGUCGCAGCGUGGAGAAACGGGCAGCUGAUGAAGAAACUGAAGACUUCACCACAAAGCCUGCUCCUGCCAAAAUGUCCAAGUUUGGGUUUGCCAUAGGCACACAGAUUGCAAAGAAACCACCUGCAAUAUCCAUCAAACUUGGAGCAAAUAAACCUAAAGAGCCUACUACAACCCUUGCUCCAAAAACCCUUUCUGUAGCAGCAAUCUUCAAUGAAGAUGAAGAUAGUGAGCCUGAAGAGAUGCCUCCAGAAGCAAAAAUGCGAAUGAAGAACAUUGGAAGGGAUACUCCUUUUUUUAGCAGGACCAAAUUCUUUCAACAAAGGCAAGCAUGGAUUUUCUGACAACCAGAAACUAUGGGAACGGAACAUAAAAAGUCACCUUGGAAAUGUUCGUGAACAAGAUGAAUAAGUUGUGUAUUGAAAUUUGGAUGUUGGGGAAAUGGGAGGGUGUGACAUAAAGGAACAAUUUCCUUUUUUAGAGCGGUAUAAGGCUAUUUUGGGUACCACUUUUAAAGUUUCUAGUGGUGCACAAAAAACUACGUUUAAAAGUAGAGGUAAUUUAUGUUUUGUAUACAGAUUUCAAAGCAUUUGCUAAUUUUGUAGCUCCAUGCAAUUAAUUUCACAAGGUUAUGGAAAAUAAAGUCAUUGGAAGUGGUACCUUUUUAAGAAUUUUCUUUUACAACUAUUCUUACAUGAAGACAGGCAAAAGGUUACUGUCUCUUGAAUCAGUUUAAGUUAUAUACUACUGCACUGAGAUGUCCAGCAGCAACUCCUCUGUAAUGAGUGACCUGCUUGUUUCCCUCAGGCUACAUAGAGGGGGAACAUGAUGCAGUAGACCAAGUCUUGCCAGGCUGUUUAUCAUUCUAGACUGCAUACAAACCUGAAAACUAGGCUAUAGCUAUAGUCAUUUAGUUAAACCUCCCGCAAACUUGGACUUCUGGCUGUGGUAGCUUAGCUCUAUAAUCUCAUUUUGAAACUUGUGUAAUCUCUCUGUGGCCUGUUUCACUCUUAGAAAUGGGUCUUGCGUAUGUAUAAUGAAGAUUCACAACAAAGGUUAACCAGUAUUUUUAUGUCCCCUUAAUCAUGAGUCUUGACCAGUGCUUGUUAAUGUUUCUUUGUCAGUUCAAGACAAAUUAAUGCAAUGAUUAUCAACAUAAAAAGACAUUACCAAAAGUAUGGCUUUGUAGUUUAUCAUGUUAUCUUAGUUUGGUUUCAGUAUUUUCCGCAGUUCUUUAAGGGGAAUAGAAGCUACAUACUUAAGUAAACGAAUAACCAGUUAUUGAAGUGCAGAUUUAGCAAUGUGUGGUCAUAUUUUUAUGACAUAAAAUUCUACUUUGGACUCAAAGAAUUUUAUUUUUAAUUAAGACACUAUCACACUAAAAUACAACCUUUUAUGCCACUUUAAUUCUAAUUCCAGUAAUUGCUUUUUAGUAUUAAAUUUAACCUUUCACUUUAUCUCUGGCUGAUUACAUCUAGUUUGGCUGGAUCAGUGGUAGGCCAUCUUUUUUUUUCUUAGUGGUUUUAUGAAAGAGGUUGUAAUAUUACUUCCAUCUUAGUCCUGAUCCUGCCUACAAACUUAAACUACAUUUAAGAACUUGUUUAAGCAGAACUGAAUUAUUUUAGGUAGUAUCAGCAGUCACUACUGACAGGUCUCGUGGAAACAAGCACUUCCAAAAUUACUUAAUAGUGUGGACCUGAAUUAUCUAGUAGUAUGUGGCAAAAUUGGGUCCUGCUAGACUGGAUAUCAGAAACUUAUUCCAGUUCACCUGCCAUCUUUUAAGUCAACCCAUUGUAUACAAAUGGAGGGUAGCUGGUGGAACAAAACGUCAUCCGAGUUUUGUUUGUCGUCUUUUUUUUUUUUUUGCAUUUUUA